AUGUUAUCCUCACUCUUUUUGCUUGGAUUAAUCGGCUUUGCGAUGGCCCUGGCACCGCCGCUGAUGGCGCAAUAUCAAUUUCAAACAGCAAUGUCCGAUGGUGUGAGGGUCCCAGUGAUUCUAGGCGUCAUGUCUCGUUGUCCAGAUGCAAUUCUGUGUGAAUCUGUGUUCAAUCGCGUAUUACAAAGUGCAGGCGAGAAAAUGGAUAUUUCAUUGUCCUUCAUCGCCAAACCAAAUGCCUCGGAACCCCUUUACGGUGUAACAUGCAUGCAUGGACAAGAGGAAUGUGCCGGCAAUGUGCAACAGUUGUGCGCUGCCAAGUAUCACUCCACUUCUGAAUGGUGGUCCUUUGUGCAGUGCCAAAACUUUCAGGGGCGUGAUAACAUAGGCACGCCUGAAACUGCCCUCAACUGUGCCAAAGCAGUGGGGAUCGACUGGGAAAACGGCAAGGCUGGUCAAUGCGCAGGAAAAGACGGUCUUGGAAAAGAAGGAAUUCAACUUUUACAACAGAGCGCCAAGGAUAGCAUGGCAGCUGGCAUUCAGAAAAGCUGCACAGUCAUCAUUAAUGGUCGACAAGUUUGCAUACGGGAUGGUACUUGGUAUGAAUGCGAGGGCGGUCAUUCACCGACAGAUUUCAUCAGACAAAUCAACGAAGAGUAUGACAGACUCAACAGCGCUGGCUAA